AUGGCGUCCUCGUGGGCCCACACGGGCAUCGCGCCCUUGCUCGAGCGCAUGAAGUCGCAAGACGCCGACUUUCGCUUCAUGGCCCUCAACGAUCUCAUCGCAGAGCUAUCAAAGGACAACUAUAUCCAGAUGGACGAUACCACCGAGGACACCACCUUGCGCCAGGUGCUUUCCCUCAUGAAGGAUUCCAACACCGAAGUCAAAAACAUGGUCGUUCGCUCCCUCGCCAUCCUCGUGCCGCGCCUACGCGAGGAGAACAUGCGCCAGGUUAUCGACACGCUCAUCGAGUACAUCUCGUCCAACAACGAUGAGCUUAGAGACAUUGCCGCACUCGCACUCAAGACUGUCACUGCACAGAUGCCCAUCCGCUCCUCGUAUGCCAACACGGCUCUCAACAAGCUUGCGCCAAGACUACUCAACCACGUCGCAGACCCUUCAGCUUCCCAGGAACUUCUCAUCGACUCGCUCGACAUUCUCGCAGAGCUCAUCAACAAAUUUGCUGCAUCCGUCACCUCCACCAUCGCCCUCCAAAACGUUCUGCUCAAGUCCGUCGUCCCCGCCAUGCGCCAUUCCCGUCCCGCAGUUCGCAAACGCUCCCUCACGGUUCUCGGUGCCCUUGGCUCGUGCGCCACUUCCGACAUCUUCACUCAACUCUCCAUCCAGCUCAGCUCCGAUCUCGCGCCAAAGAACUCCGUCGACACGCGCAAGACCGCCGUCCAGCUCAUCGGCAUCUUUGCACGCACUUGUCCAAGACGACUGGGCCGCCGCCUGCCCGAGUUCAUGCCUUCUGUUAUCCAGACCGCCAAACACGACGAUGACGAGCUGCGCGAAACUUGCCUCCAGUCGAUCGAACUCAUCCUUCUACGCUGCCCGACGGAGGUGACACCCUUUGUCAAUGCAUCCAUCGAUCUAGCUCUCACCCUGAUCAAGCAUGACCCCAACUACGCCGGCUUCGACGAUGACGAAGAGAUGCACGAUGCAGACGACGACUUUGGUGCGGAUGACGACGAAGACGACGACCUCAUCGAUGACGACUACUCGGACGACGACGAUAUGUCCUGGAAGGUGCGAAGGGCCUCAGCCAAGGUGCUCAAUGCAGCGCUCACCAGUCGUCCAGAGCUGCUGGCACAGAACGUUGGCAGUGUCGCACCUGUUCUAGUCGCCCGCUUCUCCGAGCGUGAGGAGAGCGUACGCCUCGAGAUCCUCGAUACUUUCCUCGCCUUGCUCAAGCAGAUGCAGCUCUACGCCGGCGGUCCUCAAGCCACCGAAGUCAUCGGCUCCUAUUCGUCAUCCUCCUCUUCCUCGUCUGCGAGCCAGGCUGCUGCCAUUGCUGCCGCGGGUGUGCUCAAGCGAAAGCGCACCGAGGCGGACGCCGACAGCACCGACGGUUCUCCGCGCGCUCAGCUCCUAGCUCUCGUGCCCGCCAUUGCCAAAGCUCUCAACAAAGAGAUUGUGUCAAAAUCCAUUCCAACGCGUCACAAGAGCUUUGUGGUGCUGCGCGAACUCGUCGUCGUGCUUCAUGGCGGUCUGGAGGCGCACAUCAGCUCCAUCCUAGCACACACUGAAAAGGCACUGAAGGGCGCAGAGACGGCCUCCUCGGGUGGCUCCACUCUCAAGGCCGAUGUUCUCGGCUUCUUCCGCGUCCUCUUCCUCACGCACUCGCCAAAGAGCUUCGACGACCAGCUGUCCAGCCUCGUCCCCAUCCUCAGCGCCUCGAUCGAGGACAAGCUCCACAGAAGCUGCAUUGAAGCCUUCCUCACCUGCUCGCAGCUCGUGUCGGUGCUUCGUCCGCUCGGUGCGACUGCUGCGGGCGCAAGCAGCGGUCGACCUGGUCAGUACAAGUCGUAUCUGCUCCAGAUCUACUCCGCCACUGUCGCCCGACUCAACCGCCUCGACUCGGACCAGGAGAUCAAGGAGCGCGGGAUCGCCUGUCUCGGUGUAUUGCUCGCGCAUGCCGGUGACGAUCUUGCCGAAAAACACCAUGAAUGCUUCGACCUUCUCACGGCACGUCUCACCAACGAAGUGACGCGCUUCAUCACGGUCAAAGUCAUUGCUCAGAUCGCCGCUUCGCCCGUCUGCACAGGAUCUGCAUUCGAUGCCUUCCUCCAGAGCUCGAUCGCCGAAAUUGCCACGCUCUUGCGCAAGUCCAACCGCCAGCUGCGUCUCGCAGCCUUCGACUGCCUUGCCGCUGCCCUCUCCCGAUCUUCAACUAAGUUGAGCACGGCGUCGUCCAACUCAAUCCUGGCCGAGGUGCAGCCGCUGGUCAACACAGAUAUGGACAUGAACCUCCUCCCGCACAUCCUCCGCAGCAUCAACUUGAUCCUGCUCAACGACCCGGCAACGCGAGAGUCGGUCCGCGUGUCGGUGCUUCCGCAAAUCUACUCUGUUCUGCGACUGCCCAUAGCCCAAGGACCGGCAAUGGAGUCACUGCUCGAAUUCCUGCGACUCUACGUUGGCGCUCAGGCAGACUCCGCACCCGAGACCGUCGACGAGCUGCUUGCUGCGCUCGAGGCGGCCAAGGGCAGUGUCAGUGGAACGCACCUCUACUCGACCGUUUCGCGCUGCAUCGGAGCCGUAUGCACUGUGUCGGACGCCGCCAGCGGCACUGUCGCGGCCAAGGCGACCACGACCCUGGAAAAUGACGGCGCAAAGGACACGGAUGUCUACUUUGCUUUGCUCUUGCUGGGCGAGCUGGGCCGAUUCAACGACUUUUCCUCUCGUCCUGGACUGCUGGAUCGCGUCCUACGCUACUACACUGCCGACUCGGAGGAGGUCAAGAUGGCGGCUGCCUUUGCAGUGGGAAACAUGGCCGUCGGUGCACUUGCCGUAUUUUUACCUGCGAUCGAGCAGCAGGUCCGCGCGCCUUCGGACGACAAGACUUCGAGCCAGCGCUUCCUGUCGCUGCAUGCGCUCAAGGAGCUCAUCACGCACGGAUCCGCCGAACAGCUCAGCCUCGUGGCCGAUCAGGUUUGGCCAGUGCUCUUUGAUGCGUGCGAGACCAAGGAGGAAGGCGUGCGCUCGAUCGGUGCCGAGUGUCUGGCGCGUUUGACGCUGAGCGAGCCAACCAAGUUUCUGCCGCUAUUGCAGGAACGACUGCGCUCGCCAUCCGUGUCGGUCCGCGCGACCGUGCUGGCAGCGAUCCGCUUCACGCUGUCCACCGAGUCUUCUGCAGCGUAUGACGAGCUGCUGGCGCCCGUGCUGGUCGACUUCCUCGCGCUGCUCAGCGACGCCGAGCUCGAAGUGCGACGCAAUGCAACGUUCGCACUCAACUCGGCAGCGCACAACAAACCGUACCUCAUCCGCGACCAUCUGCCGACGCUGCUGCCACUGCUGUACGCAGAGACGCACGUGCGCACCGAACUGCUGCGCAAAGUCGCCAUGGGGCCGUUCCAGAUUGUCACGGACGACGGGCUGGAUCUGCGCAAGAACGCAUACGAGACCAUGUACCAGCUGCUCGACUCGCUGUGGUCGCGUCUGCACCUGCCGGACUAUCUCGACCGCGUCAUCGCGGGUCUGUCGGACUCGGACGACGGCAUCAAGACGCUGUGCUACCUGAUGGUCAUCAAGCUCGUCGAGCUGCGGUCGAGCGCGGUGCGCGCCGUGUUGGGCGGUCGGCUGGAAGAGCUCGCCGAGCCUGUGGGCGCAACGCUGAGGAGCAAGCUCAAGGAGACAGCGACCAAGCAGGAGAUUGAGAAGCAGGUCGAGCUGCAGCGCUUUAUCUACAAGAUGUUGGUCGUCGUGAGUCGCGAGUUGGAUGGCGUGGUGAGUGCCGCGGGGACGCCCAAGUUUUGGACCGUGGUGCAGGAGGCCAAGAGCGGGACGGGCGCCGGUGUGGCGGCGGGAGCGGGAGCGGGUCAGCUAGGUCAGCCCGGUGCGCUGUGGCGAGAGAUCGAGGCGUCGUUGGCCUCGGCUUCCUGA